AUGGUAACUAUAACUUUAAUCGACAUCGAUGGUCGGCCAGCAGAAAAAGAGAUAAAUCUUAAUUGAACCUUCUCUUUAUUGGCAAGACCUCUAUUAAACGAAUAUGAAGCAGAUAAUCAAAGUCUCGCUCUGAAUAAUGGAACACUUUUAAGGUUGGUAGAUCAUCAAAGCGAAAAACUUCGUGACUUAGGAUUUGAGGGCGAAAAAGUAGUAAAAAUAAUGCAUGCAAAAAAAGGCUGUCCAGAUAUAUCAGUUCGCGUUGAAAAUUUGAUAAACUCAUCAAAAUUUAGUGUUAUGGUAAACCCUUUAUCAAAAUGUUUUGAUGUCUGCCAAAUGCUUGAAACCAGGACUGGAUUACGUCUAUUAAAUAAUAGAGAAGCUUCUGUUAUGGUGAAAUCCGUUUAUUUGAAUUUUGAAAACAAUUAUUAUAAAACGCUGAGAGAUUUAAAAAUAAAGCACAAUGAAAGUUUGAAUAUCUUGAAAUUUGAGCGUGGAGGUCUUUAUUGUGCAAAACGAAUCAAUUAUUAUAAAGCACCAAAUUAA